UUUUAGUAUAUGCUCUUUGGAUAGACGGCAAAUUGUCGAGGAUCGGUUGUCCUUGUGUUGUGCUGUAUGAAAUGAACAGUUUAUCGUAAAACAGUCGUGAAAUCGUGUUAAAUACGAUCGCAAAGUGUUCUGGUGAUAAAAAUGACGCGAUAAUAUCCAGUGAAUCAUUACAUUCAGUUAUUAUACUUCGGCUAUCUUGUUCAGCAUUAGUUAAGUGUUAUGAUAUGAUCAUAGCGCACGGUUCGGCCUCCUUAAACCAGUCGAUAUUAUGUGGCCCGAAAGCCAAAGCGACAUAAAAGCUUUUCAAUUAUGAUCCCCAUGGUGUAUACAGUAUAUGGUUUUGCCAUAUUUUUUAUAGUCGCUUGGGUGUGUCUGUGGUUAAUUCACAUAAUGGCUUUAUCGUAUUCUAAAUGGAAAUUACACAGGACAGUAGACCGGUCGCCACCAGAACAACCAUAUCCAGGAGUUUCAAUACUAAAACCCUUGACGGGUGUGGAUCCCAAUUUAUUUUCUAACUUAGAAACAUUUUUCACCCUGGAUUACCCGACAUACGAAGUGUUAUUUUGUGUAGAAAGUGAACAUGAUCCUGCAGUAAUGUUGGUGAACAGCCUUUUACACAAGUAUCCACACAUUGAAGCGCGGCUUUUCAUCGGCGGAAUGUGCGUCGGUGUCAAUCCUAAAAUCAACAACAUGCAACCGGCGUAUUUGGCGGCAAAAUAUCCUAUGAUUCUAAUAAGCGAUGCCGGAAUUCGGAUGCGGGAGGACACUCUCCUCGAUAUGGUACAACAUAUGCGAGAAGACGUCGCGAUCGUUCACCAAAUGCCGUUCGUGUGUGACGCUGAAGGGUUUGCAGCAGUUUACGAGAAAGUCUACUUCGGUACGGCCCAGGCUCGUAUGUAUCUUGGUGCAGACUUUCUGGGCAUAAAUUGUCACGUCGGCAUGUCUUCUUUAAUGCGAAGGUGCGCUUUAGAAGAGAGCGGAGGAUUGGCAGCUUUUGGUGAAUACUUGGCGGAAGAUUACUUCAUGGCAAAAGCUGUGGUGUCUCGAGGAUGGCGGAUGCGGGUGGCCUCCCUGCCGGCGCUGCAAAACUCCGGUACGCGGUCGGUGGGGGCACUACAGGCGCGGUUAACGCGCUGGGCUCGCCUCCGCAUCGCCAUGGUGCCAACUACGGCGCUGCUGGAGCCCCUUAGCGAGUGCAUGCCCCUCGGCGCCGGCGCAGCGUGGGCUGCCGGUCAGUUGUUCGGGGCGGAACCUUUGCCAUUUUUCCUGGUGCAUGUGCUAGCGUGGUUUCUAUCGGACUGGUUGAUACUCCGUUCGGUGCAGAAUGGGUCGCCGCCGUUCACUAAAGUGCAGUUCCUCCUCGGGUGGGUGUGGAGCGAGUGCUGUGCGCCGUUCGUCCUCGCGGCUGCCCUGCUAAACCCCGAGAUCUCGUGGCGGACUCGCUGCUAUCGGUUAGACUGGGGUGGUCGCGCGCACGAACUCAAGCCUAAGCUCAAGUUCUGAACGAGACCCUCGCUUUACAAAAGCUUUAAUUUGGUGAAUGUUUCGGUUACAUUUUGUACUGCCAGCAUGCAGGUCGCAAGGUUGAUAUUCCUCGCUGCCGUAUAUGAAUGAGUGUUUAUAAUAUUAGCAUAAGGUUUUAUUUUAACUGCUAUUUAUAAUUUUAAAAGAAACGGUGGGUACUUGUUAUUCUUGUUUUAGAAAGUUUUGAAUGUUUAUAGAUUUAAUGACACAGGCUGUUGUAUCCAUACCUGUGGUAAUUGUUUAAUUUUACCAUUUGUGAUUUGCCAUAAUAAUAUUGUUUCCGCAGUGGCCACUGUUUGAGACAUAAUAGUCCUUCAGUGUUGACACACAAUUCUAUCAAAAGAUGUGAUUCAUUCGUACUACUCAUAAUCAAUAAUAGGGUUUAAAGUUCAAUUACUUAUUUCCAUUCAUACACAUGAAAAAACUUUUUAUUUUUUUUAGUUAUUACUUUUUUCUCUGAAAAAUAAAACUUUAU